CCCAUUUUUCUUUCCAUUUGAUACCCGUCAAAUGCUGUUUUAUGUAACUGCUUUUGAUCGUGAUCGAGCCAUGCAAAGACUACUGGAUACUAAUCCAGAAAUCAAUCAAUCAGAUUCUCAGGAUAGCAGAGUGGCACCGCGACUGGACAGGAAAAAACGCACUGUGAACAGAGAUGAGCUGUUGAAACAGGCAGAAUCUGUGAUGCAGGAUCUAGGCAGUUCAAGAGCCAUGUUGGAAAUCCAGUAUGAGAAUGAAGUUGGCACAGGCCUAGGCCCCACACUAGAGUUCUAUGCACUUGUAUCUCAGGAACUACAGAGAGCAGACUUAGGCCUUUGGAGGGGAGAAGAAGUGACUUUAGCCAAUCCAAAAGGAAGCCAGGAAGGUACCAAGUACAUCCAUAACCUUCAAGGCCUUUUUGCGCUUCCUUUUGGUAGAACAGCCAAGCCAGCUCACAUUGCAAAAGUUAAAAUGAAGUUCCGCUUUCUGGGCAAACUAAUGGCCAAGGCAAUCAUGGAUUUUAGACUGGUGGACCUUCCUCUUGGACUUCCUUUUUAUAAAUGGAUGUUACGACAGGAAACUUCCUUGACAUCACAUGACUUGUUCAGUAUUGAUCCAGUGGUAGCCAAAUCAAUAUAUCACCUUGAAGAUAUUGUAAGACAAAAGAAAAGACUUGAACAGGACACAACACAGACCAAAGAAAGUCUACAGUAUGCAUUGGAGGCUUUGACUAUGAAUGGCUGCUCAGUGGAAGAUCUGGGGCUGGACUUCACACUUCCUGGAUUUCCUAAUAUAGAACUGAAAAAAGGGGGAAAAGAUACACCAGUCACUAUCCACAAUUUAGAGGAGUAUCUCAGAUUGGUUAUAUUCUGGGCACUAAAUGAAGGUGUUGCCAGACAGUUUGACUCAUUCAGAGAUGGAUUUGAAUCGGUCUUCCCCCUCAGUCAUCUUCAGUACUUCUAUCCUGAGGAGCUGGAGCAGCUCUUGUGCGGCAGUAAAACAGACACUUGGGAUGCAAAGACUUUAAUGGAAUGUUGCAGGCCAGAUCACGGUUAUACACACGACAGUCGAGCAGUGAAGUAUCUCUUUGAAAUUCUCAGUAGCUUUGAUAGUGAGCAGCAAAGACUGUUUCUUCAGUUUGUGACAGGUAGCCCCAGACUGCCUGUAGGAGGCUUUCGAAGUUUGAAUCCUCCGUUGACAAUUGUACGCAAGACAUUUGAGUCUACAGAGAAUCCAGAUGAUUUCUUGCCCUCAGUAAUGACUUGUGUGAACUAUCUCAAAUUGCCGGACUAUUCAACUAUUGAGAUAAUGCGUGAAAAACUCUUGAUAGCUGCAAGAGAAGGGCAGCAGUCAUUCCAUCUUUCCUGAUCACAAUGACAAAUGCAAUGUCUGCCUGUUACAGCAAAAGAGAAACUCAUGAUUCUUUUCUAAAUAUUAUCACCUGAGUCAAGGAAACGUGUUACGCCUUCUUGUUGUAGAAAAACGGCUUGCAGAUUAUAAACAAAGACACUUGGUUGAUAUUCGUUAAAGGCCCCUAUGGACUUAAAGUGAUCAGGCCCUAAAAGUUGUUGUGACAAGGUUUCUUUAGCAAGUUCUUGUUUAAAUUAUCAUUUAUUUGAUGAGUGAAGUUUUUAACUUGCUUUGCUGUGUGAAAUUUAAAAAGGGAUGUUUUUCCAGGCUGGAACAAUAAAUGUCGCUGUGCAGUUUAA